AUGGUGCAAUCGGGUAAGUAUUUAGGAAUGCCAUAUCUGGUGCGUCGGUCAAAAAAAGAGGUGUUUGAUUACCUCAAGGAUCGGAUUUUGAAGCGAGUUAAUGGAUGGAAAGAAAAGAAAUUAUUUGCGACUGGCAGAGAAGUUUUGAUCAAGGCUGUUGUGCAAUCAAUUUCGACUUACGUAAUGAACUGCUUUCAGUUACCGAAUAGUUUGUGUUUGGAAAUUGAUGCCAUUGUUAGUAGAUAUUGGUGGGGUCAAAGGGAGGAUACACGAAAGAUUUAUUGGAAAAAAUGGGACUUUUUGUGUUCACAGAAGAGGGUGGGAGGUUUGGGUUUCAGGUGCUUAAAGGAUUUUAAUAUUGCAAUGCUUGCUAAGCAAGGAUGGCAACUUCUAAAGUAUCCGAAUACUCUAUUGGGUCAACUAUUGAAAGCAAAGUAUUUCCCACAUACUUCUUUUCUGGAGGUGGGAUGUGGUGAGUGUAUUCGGAUUGUUGGUGAUAAAUGGAUUCAUAAGCCUACUGCGUUCCAGGUAAUUGCUCCACCAAUUAAUUUGCCGGCUGAAUCUAAUGUGAGUUUGCUUAUUGAUCGUGAUCGAACAUGUUGGAAUGAGAACCUUAUUCGAAGCAAUUUUCUUCCAAUGGAUGCGGAGGUGUGGAAUUUAAGUCCAUUGAGGAAUCUGGUAUUGUUCUAUGGGGAUGAGUCUAACCUCAGUCUGAUUGUUGCUCUAUGUUGGGGUAUUUGGCAACGACGCAACCAAGGUCCAUUGCUGCGGGAUAGAGUGGUUCGUUGGUACGCUCCAGCAGAAGGUUGGUUCAAGAUUAAUUUUGAUGGGGUUCGGUUCAAAGAAUUGCAAACAGUUGGGGUUGGUGUCAUUAUUCGAAAUUUGAUAGGUGAAGUUAUGGCUGCAAUGUCAAAGCAAUUACCGUUCUGGAUAGAUGCCGACUGUGCUGAGGCUUUUGCUGCAGCUAAGGCAAUUGAGCUAGUAAAAGAUUUGGGAUUUUAUGAUAUUAUUCUAGAGGGGGAUUCUUUAGAUAUUGUCAAAGCUUUGCGGGAGGAUGUCAAGCUCUUAUCAGAAUAUGGUCAUCUUGUGUCACAAGUGGCGGCUGCUAGUCAACUGCUUCGGUGCUUUCAAGUUUGCCAUGUGGGAAGAAUGGGCAAUAUGUUGGCGCAUGGCCUAGCUCGGAUGGCUAGAGGUUUGGACCACCAGCUUGUGUGGAUGGAGGAGGUCCCGCAGGCUUUGCUUGAAGUGUUGCUGCUAAUGCUGUUUGUUAAUGUCUUUUGUUUCUGUUUGGUUUCCAUCUAA